CCAGAGCAAAGAUGGCGGACGUGUCGGGGACCGAGCUGUCAGAGGAGAAAGAAGCAGACGCCGAGCUGCAGAAGAGACAGACGCGACCGUGGGACGGGUUGCACAAGUCCGCUAGGGUCGGCCUGACAACGGAACUGCCGGAAACGUUGGGAUUUUACGACAUAAGCGCUGUCAGACGGCAGCAGCAGCGGGAGCAACCAGCAGAUCCGUCGUUGACUCGCUUCAUUAGUGCGGAGCUCACCAGAGGCUACUUCCUGGAACACAAUGAGGCGAAGUACACCGAGCGCCGUGAGAGAGUUUACACAUGCAUGCGUAUUCCCAAGGAGCUGGAGAAGCUGAUGACCUUUGGCUUCUUCCUGUGUGUGGACGCCUUCCUGUACGUCUUCACCCUGCUUCCCCUCAGGGUGCUGCUGGCAGUGCUCCGCCUCAUCACCCUGCCAUGCUGUGGCUUCAGCGGGUCUCGGCUGCUGCAGCCAGCGCAGGUGUGCGACGUGCUGAAGGGUCUGAUCAUGGUGCUGAGCUUCUCCAUGAUGCACUAUGUCGAUUACUCCAUGAUGUACCACCUGAUCAGAGGACAGUCUGUCAUCAAACUCUACAUCAUCUACAACAUGUUGGAGGUGGCUGACCGCCUCUUCUCCUCCUUCGGUCAAGACAUCCUGGACGCUCUCUACUGGACGGCCACAGAACCCAAAGAACGGAAAAGAGACAGUAUAGGAGUCAUUCCUCACUUCAUAAUGGCCGUCUUCUACGUCUUCCUCCAUGCCAUCCUCAUCAUGGUCCAAGCCUCCACCCUCAACGUCGCCUUCAACUCACACAAUAAGUCCCUGCUAACCAUCAUGAUGUCCAACAACUUUGUGGAGAUCAAAGGAAGUGUGUUCAAGAAAUUUGAGAAGAACAACUUAUUCCAAAUGUCGAACAGUGAUAUAAAGGAACGUUUCACCAGCUACGUUCUCCUGCUCAUCGUCUGUCUCAGGAACAUGGAGCAGUUCGCAUGGAACCCAGACCACCUGUGGGUUUUGUUCCCUGAUGUCUUCAUGGUCGUCACCUCCGAAGUUGCCGUUGACAUCAUUAAACACGCGUUCAUCACCAAAUUCAACGACAUCACUGCAGAUGUGUACAGUGAGUACAGAGCCAGUUUGGCUUUUGAUCUCGUCAGCAGUCGACAGAAGAAUGCGUGUACAGACUACAGUGACUCAGUGGCCCGGAGGAUGGGCUUCAUCCCUCUGCCUUUGGCUGUUCUGCUUAUCCGAGUGGUAAUGAGUUCGGUGAAGGUGCAGGGAGCCCUUUCAUACACGUGUGUGUUCCUCUGUUAUCUUGGGCUGGUUACGCUGAAAGUGUUGAACAGUAUUGUGCUGCUGGGGAAGUCGUGUGUUUACGUCAAGAGGGCCAACAUGGAGGACAAACUGUUUGAGAGGACCACCACCACCACCGCUCCAUCCUCCACUGGGAAAACCCCCAGCAAAGCUGACCAGUCCAGAUGUCCCACACCUUCAGGUGAAUCCAAGAUGGAGCAGGACCCCGUCACACCCUUCAGCCCACCACCGUCCUCCUCCUCCUCCUCCUCCUCCUCCUCGGUGACCGCCCAGCCGACUCCCAGGACCGACUUGUUUCCUCCCCCGCCCACCGAUCCCUCUCCUGCUGCUCCAGCUAGCCGUCCCUCGACUCCCCCGCUCGAACAACCCGCACCCUCACUCUCCAAAGAAGAAGAGGAGGAGGAGAAGGAGGAGGGCGAGCCACAAGGAGCCUCUGAACUGAAGCACAGGACUCCCAAAAAAGACCUGCUGGAGAUCGACCGCUUCACAAUCUGUGGUAACCGCAUCGACUGACCAGCGGCGGCCGUUGACGCAGCGAUUUCACCACUCAGGAAAGACGGAGAGCAACGGGCUCCUCCAGACGGCUCUCCUGGCCGACAGCAGCAGAGAGCUGAGUAUUUAUUUGAGUCGGUGGCAGAACAUUAAGUUAUUCUGAACAUGGAGGAUCCUGCUGCGGUGGAGGCCUGGAGUCGAGAAGUUUGAAAGAAAAACUUCAGCAGAGAAAGACUGUGGCAGCUCAGUCGUCAGGAUGAACUGUCAUGUUUGUGUGUGUGUGUGUGUGUGUGUGGGUGGAUGGUACAGUAUUUGGAGUGAGUGUGCAGGUGUGAGAAUGCGUGUGUGUGUGUGAAACAGAGUAUGUGAGAGCACACAAGCACUUCUUGUCUGAGAAGCACUGGAAGUAAAAUAGAGAAACUUCUCAGUUCCCUCAGCAGCCAGAAAACAAACUUCCUUACCUACUCUAACAUUAGAGGUCACACAUGAGUCAUUUUUAUUUACUUUUUCACCUGAUUAAAAAAAGUAUUAGGGUUCAUUUUGUAAAAUAUCUGGUGUCAUCCAACAUUUUUUGACAGCACAGCCUUUAGAAUCCGACACUGGGGUUACUUAAACAUCUAAAAGUUUACUUAAUAAUCAAUUUAAAGUUAGUAGUUCCCAACCUGAGGGGUCCUGACCUGCACGGGGUGUAAGAUACACUUUGGUUGGUCAAAGUCAGGGAAGAAGAAAAAUUAUAUUUAUACUUCCAAAAAUUAUGUUUAUUUAGACU